CUACAUAAAACAAAUAUGUUUUUCAUAGUUGGUGGCAUAAAAGUAAUCAAAACAGUAGCUGUUCUAUCUAACACAGGCGACUCGACGGCGUUCACAAUAAUAAGAACCAUGCUAAAUGGGGAGCUGNAAUGGAAGAUCUAUCACGUGAUUUCCAGGCGGCCUAUGAAGACAAAUUCGAUGUUCCCCCAGGAACAUGCACAGUGCAAGAAAGAAUAUCGAACAUCUGUCGGUACCCUGAUGAAAUGAAUGGUUAUGGAUCGAAUCGACCAUCGCCGAGAAAUGUCAGCAACGUUCUUUUUCAUCAGAUAGAACCAAUCAUUAGUUCAAGGAAACUUAGUGACAUGCAUGCGCACUUUGGACAAUUUUUGACUCACGACAUCGACUUUUCAAGUCCUUUACCCAGAUUUGAAUUUGAAUCAACAUUGAAUUCCGUGUGGAUGCCAAUCUCUGUACCAAAGGGUGACGUUCACUUUGACAGAAGAGAUACAGGGAAGGAAUAUCUAUCAUUUGUUCGCUCUACAUUUAACAG